UCAGGCUGUUAUGAAGGAAACCAGAGAAGAAGCUGCUCGGUCGUUGUGUCAGAAACAUGGCGGCCUUCAGUAAAUACGUGACAGCGAAGAACUCGUCCAUAGCAGGCGGUGUCCUGCUGGUCCUCUACCUGCUGAGACACCGGAGACGGAGCGGCAGUAAAGGUAAAAAAGGAGGCUCAGAUCUAGUGCCGAACACUGAGAAAGAUGGCAGAAAGGACCGUGCAGCAGUGGACAAGGUUUUCUUCCUCCGAAUCUGUCAGAUUCUGCGGAUCAUGGUACCUCGUUUCUUCUGCAUGGAGACUGGCUACCUCCUCUUUAUCGCUGCCAUGUUGGUGGCCAGGACCUACUGUGACGUAUGGAUGAUCCAGAACGGCACCAUGAUCGAAAGCGGUAUUAUAAGCAGAGACAUCAGUCUAUUCAAGACGCACUUUUAUUCCUACAUAUCAGUCAUACCAGGGAUAGCCUUGGUGAACAACUUCCUGAAGUUGGGUCUGAACGAGCUGAAGCUGAGGUUCCGUGAGAGGCUCACAAAGAACUUGUACGACCAGUACCUGCAAGGUUUCACCUACUACAAAAUGGGAAACCUGGACAACCGGAUAGCAAACGCAGACCAGCUGCUGACACAGGAUGUGGAGAAAUUCUGCAACAGCGUGGUGGACCUUUACUCAAACCUCAGCAAGCCUCUGUUGGACAUCGGUCUGUACAUCUUCAAGCUGGCAAACGCCAUCGGUGCUCAGGGCCCAACCAUCAUGAUGACCUAUCUACUGAUCUCAGGACUGUUCCUGACCAGACUGAGAAGGCCCAUAGGCAAGAUGACGGUCAGCGAGCAGCGGUUCGAGGGAGAGUACCGUUACGUCAACUCUCGCCUCAUCACCAACAGUGAGGAGAUUGCCUUCUACAAUGGGAACAUGAGGGAAAAACAGACCAUUUACACCACAUUCAAGAAACUGGUGGACCACUUGCAUCACUUCAUCUUCUUUCGCUUCUCCAUGGGAUUUGUCGACAGCAUUAUUGCCAAGUAUGUGGCCACUGUAGUCGGCUACUUGGUGGUUAGCCGGCCGUUCCUCACCCCGGGACACCCUCGACACCUGCACAGCACACACUCUGAGCUGCUGGAGGACUACUACCAGAGUGGGAGGAUGCUCCUGAGGAUGUCCCAGGCCCUGGGCAGGAUCGUACUGGCUGGCCGAGAGAUGGCCCGCCUCUCAGGAUUCACAUCUCGUAUCACUGAACUGAUGAAAGUCCUGAAGGAGCUGAAUGCCGGCAAAUAUGAACGCACCAUGGUCUCCCAGCAGGAGAAAGAAUCAGACCCAUCACAGAAACUCCUACUGCUGCCUGGAGGUGGUCGAAUUAUCAACAGAGAUAACAUCAUCAAAUUUGACCAUGCCCCACUAGCAACACCCAAUGGAGACGUUUUAAUCAGAGACCUCACAUUCGAGGUGAGCUCAGGCACCAACGUUCUCGUGUGUGGACCAAACGGCUGUGGAAAGAGCUCUCUGUUCAGAGUGCUCGGAGAGCUGUGGCCUCUGUUUGGAGGAAACCUGACAAAACCUGAGAGAGGGAAACUCUUCUAUGUUCCACAGAGACCCUACAUGACUCUGGGUUCUCUGAGGGACCAGGUCAUUUACCCCGACACCCACGAACAACAGACAAAGAAAGGCAUCUCUGAUCAGGUAUUGAAGGAGUAUCUGGACAACGUUCAGCUGGGUCACAUCCUGGACAGGGAGGGCAGCUGGGACUCAGUCCAGGACUGGAUGGAUGUCCUCAGUGGAGGAGAGAAGCAGAGGAUGGCUAUGGCCAGACUGUUCUACCACAAGCCCCAGUUUGCCAUUCUGGAUGAGUGCACCAGUGCAGUGAGUGUAGAUGUGGAGGAUUACAUCUACAGCCACUGCAGGACGGUUGGCAUCACCUUGUUCACAGUGUCCCAUAGAAAGUCUCUGUGGAAGCACCACGAGUAUUAUCUCCACAUGGACGGGAGAGGGCACUACGAGUUCAAGCCCAUCACAGAGGAAACUGUGGAGUUUGGCUCGUAACCGGUUGCUGAUAUCAGCCACAACAUGCACUGCUCUGAUAAAACCAGUCCACUAAUUCUUUGCACUCGAGAUAAAAGUUAUAGAAAAUAAUGUUUUUAAUAAUCAUUUGUUUCCUGUUAUUUAAAUCAACACGUUAGUCCUGUCUAAUCAUUCAUUUGUUCAGUUCAAUUAUAAAAACCAUUAAAAAAC